CGAACGCUGCAGCUGAAUCAAGCGCUUGGCAAACCGUUCACGUAAUCCUUGCGUACAAAAUUACAAACUCCAUUAAAUUUAUCAUUUCUUUAUCAAUGUGCAAAUUGCAAAAGUUUUGUGUCAAUGCCAAAAAUUAGCAAACCAGUUACUAAACUAGACAAACAAUUAGGAUUGGACAAAAGCCUAGCGUGCAGCAAAGGAUCUCGUACGGGCAACUCGGCCAACAAUAAGGAACUGAAGGUGCUGACUCUGCUGCAGACUGUGCCGUGAACUGUGAACCAUAAGAGCUAGCUAGAAAGAGAAACAUUUAGCUACUGCGCAGCUCAGUGUAAUUGGAAACCGCCAUCG